AUGGGUGAUACGAAUGGACGAGUAGUAGCUGGUGGCAAUGCCACAGGAAAUCGAUUAGAUCAACUGAAUGGUCCAAUCGAUGUGUUGAUUGACAAAGAGACGAAUAGUCUCAUUAUUUGUGAUUCGAGGAAUCGACGAGUAGUACGAUGGUCUCGUCGUAGUGGUACAACUCAAGGAGAAAUCUUCAUCGACAACAUCAGUUGUUGGGGAUUGGCCAUGGAUGAUCAGAGAUAUCUCUACAUCUCUGACACCGACAAACAUGAAGUAAGACGAUAUCAAAUAGAAGACAAGAAUGGAACUAUCGUGGCUGGUGGCAAUGGCAAAGGUGCUGGUCUCAAUCAACUCAACAUUCCGACCUACAUCUUUAUCGAUCAACAACAGACUGUCUACGUGUCAGACAGAGGCAAUCAUCAUGUAAUGAAAUGGAAUAAAGGUGAAAAAGAAGGAAUUGUCGCCGCUGGAGGUCAAGGCGAUGGGAAUGCUCUGACGCAAUUGUCGUCUCCUACAGGACUGUUCGUCGAUACAUUGGGUACUAUUUAUGUGGCAGAUUUUGGGAAUCAUCGAGUAAUGCGUUGGCCUAAAGGAGCAAAACAGGGUACUGUUAUUGUGGGUGGAAAUGGUAAAGGAGAAGGAGCAAAUCAGCUCUACGAUCCCAUUGGUUUGUCCUUCGAUACACAUAACAAUCUCUAUGUCGUCGAUUGUAACAAUUCUCGUGUUCAACGAUUUUCAAUUGAAUAA